GACAAUUCAAAAUCCUCAAAAUUGCUUUUUGACAAGCGGCAUUUAAAUCUGUGAUUUAAAUUAUUUUGAUUCUAGUAGGCAAAUUGUUAGAAAUUCAGAUAUUUUUGAGCCAAAAAUAAUUAAUUCGGUUCUUUCGCAUUAAUUUCCGAUCUUGUUUUAUUGAUAACCUACUGAUAUAUUUUAAGAUCAAGAAGUUACCUAUUCUAACCUAAAGCUUGUACAUUUUCGCUUUUCUAAUUCCUUUUUUUAAUAAAAACUCUCAUAGUAUGGAGUUUCCAGGCUUUAUUUUAGCUGUAUUGUUCUGUGCUAUUUCCGUCCAAGCUUUAAAAGAAGGGGAAUGCGAAGUUUGUAUCAAGGUUUUGGACAAAUUUCGAAAUACAUUAUCCGAUGAUGUUCUUAAAGACCAUAAAAAAAUAGAAAAAGAAUUCAAAUCUUUUUGUAAAGAUUUAAAAAACAAGGAAAAUCGUUUCUGUUAUUACCUGGGAGGUCUUGAAGAGUCUGCCACCGGUAUUCUAGGUGAAAUGUCCAAACCUAUGUCGUGGUCACUGCCUUCGGACAAAAUUUGUGAAAAAUUGAAGAAAAAAGAUACUCAAAUUUGUGAGUUGCGUUACGAUGUUCAAAUCGAUUUGAAAACGGUAGACUUAAAGAAGUUGAAAGUAAGGGAUUUGAAGAAGAUUCUGAAUGACUGGGGUGAGGACUGUGAAGGAUGCAUUGAAAAAAGUGAAUACUUGAAAAGGAUAGAAGAAUUGAAACCAAGGCACACUGAAUUGUAAUAUUAGUGAUUUUUUAGUGAUUUGAUUUAUAAAAAGGACUAAUAUGGCAAAUAUAAAAUUAAGAAAAAGUCACUGUUAAGGGUAAAAGAUACCUUAAAAUUUGAUAACUCUUCUUUUAGAUUUUCUUUAUACAGAAGCUGAUCGAUCUACUUAUCUGUAAUAGGUAAAUUAUGUUUUAGUUUUUAAGAAACUAUUUAUAUUUAUAAUAAAAAAAAUUCUUUAUU